AUGCCAUCCCAACUCUGCCACCGCUGUUGCGUUCUUGAGAUAGAUGACUCGGCAGUUGGGAGCAUCAAGUCCAUCUUGAGGGGGUCGGUGGAGUACCUUGACUACAACCGACAAGGUGCAAGCAGGCAACCGGAUCCUAUUCAGCUCGACUACCUCCUUGAAGACACCUUACCAGAUCUCCCAGUAUUGCAAUCCUCAAAGACUGAUGGGGGGUCACCUUGUGACUUCUGUCAACUUCUUCGAGACUGCAUCUUGGAUUCCACAUCUGAGGACUCAGUCUGGGCAGGGAAACUCAACAUUCGUCUCCAAUACAUCUUCAGAGAGGGAAUCCCAGAAGCGCUGCGCGCCUACUGGGAGCCACCAACAGGGACCGAGUCAUUUCCCCAGGGCGUACUCUUUGCUUUAGAAGGAGCCCAAAUCAAAAGCUGGCUACGGUUGGCCUAUUCAAACCCGAUUCGCGAGGCUUUAGACACAGAGAUCAUCACGAUGUUUCAAGAUGCAGCCGCACGAAGCGGCCAAUAUUACCCGAUGAUGGAGAAAGUGGGAUCAUUCUGGCCAUCCAGGCUGAUCAAGAUUGAAGGCUCACCAUCAAACAAAAAGCUCAGUCUGGCCCUUCGCCACGAGGUUGAGCAAUCCGGUGACCCAAGCAAGACAAAGGCCGGAUAUGCCGCCUUGAGCUAUUGCUGGGGAACGGCAAAGCACGCUGCAAAGCAAGCAAAAACAUUUACAACCACACUGGAGCAGAGACGAAGUGACAUCCCCGAGUCUGACCUGACUGCACUCAUCCGUGAUUCUAUCACCGUCUGCCAAAGUCUAGGUAUCACAUACCUCUGGGUGGACGCCCUCUGCAUUUUACAGGAUUCAUUCGAAGACUGGUCAGUAGAGUCAAUGGCAAUGUCAGAGAUCUACGCCGGCUCCGCGAUCACAAUUUGUCCACUGGAUGCUCAGCAUUGCGAGCAGAGCUUCCUUUCACGGCGAUUAGACUGCCAAGUCGAAGUUCCCUUUACCUCAAAACUCAGACCUCGAAUCACAGGAACGUAUACUCUCCGGUAUUCCGGAAUGGAGCUGAGCAACAGUGCCGACGACGAGAUACCAUCCCCACCCGACUCGUUGGAUAGAGUGCUGAAGAACUCGCCCUGGAUGAAACGUGGCUGGACGUGUCAGGAAAUGCAGCUCUCCAGGCAGAUGCUAUGCUUCGGAAAGACCAGAACCUGGCUCCUGGGCACUCUCAAAGCCAUCACCGAAAAGGGUGAUUCUGAAGUCCCCAAUCCAACUAUCUUGCCGACUAUUUCCGAAGAGCUGUUCUCAAAUGGUCUCUCUGAUCGCCUCAAAGCUGCACAGCUGUGGAUGUUUCUUGUCCAAGACUAUACCAGCCGGAAGCUCACAUACUACAAGGAUACGUUCCCAGCUCUAUCUGGUAUUGCGAAGAUAUUUGCCAAGAGCCUCAAGGAUGAGUAUGCCGCUGGACUAUGGAAGAAGGAUAUACUGCGCCAGUUGAUAUGGACCAUCACACAGGAGGAGCUUCAAUCACAAUCCGCGCUGCCUUUCCAAAGUCUAGCGGGCUUGUUUGGGCAUCUCUCUGACCCGGCAAACUGCUAUGGUCCAUCUUGGAGCUGGGCAAGCCGAUCACUUGCCGUUGAGUACAACUCAGAUACUGAUGCUGCGUCGACUUUUCGAGACGAAGUUGAGGAGAUUAACGCCCACACGAAGGUCGAGGGACCCAAUCUAUUCGGUUCUGUAUCAGGGGGCACCGUCAGGGUCAGAACGAGAGUAAGGUGCUUGGAUUUCUCCAAAACUAGGCCCUACGAUGAGGCCAAGUCCAAGUUGAGUGGGACAUGCCACUGGGUCGUACCUUUCGAGGAAGAGGAAGUCCAUUGUCAUUUGGACUGGAUCACCAAAGAGCUACCAAAGGAUCUGAGCAACAACGCUCGCGUCGUCCUGUUGCUCAGCGCAACAGACUGGCUGAAUGACGAAACUGACACGGACAACCAGGUUCUGGGUCUGAUCGUUUACCCUCUUGAUAAGAUCCAAAACGCUUGGGUGCGGGUUGGAACUUUUAUCUGUGGUGGUCGCCCUGGUACUAUCGGCAUGAACCUGUUCAAAGGUUGCACCAUUGAGGACACAACCAUCCUCUAA